AUGCCUUCCGUCCUCGGUCUCACAACAGACCCCUCCCCCCACGGCCCGGGCGCCGAGCAAAAGCAAAAGAAGAAGAAGCCCCAGUUCUCAGGCAUCGCCGAAGACGCCAACCUCGAAGGCAAGCAACUCACCCGCCGCGAGAAGAAAUCCGACGGACAAUCCCCCGAAGACAAGAAGAAGAAGAAGAGCAGCAGCAGCAGCAAGGCCAAGAAGGAAAAGAAGGAGGACCGGCCCAGCAAGGCCAUGCGCCACUACUCCUCCGACGAAGAGGAAGACUCCGAGGACGAAGGGCCCCUCAACACGAUCAAGCUCCGCAACCACGCAAAGGCCAUCGAGAUGGAGACGCUCCUCUGGGGCGCCCUCUGCCACAAGCCCAAGAGCGCCCUCAAGUACGUCGGCAAGGGCGCCAUCAUGUGCAACCCGAUCCUCUUUGGCGACGCCGAGGUCUACUCGGAGCGCUCCGAGCCCACCCUCAAAGAGAUGCUCAAGGAGCACGCCGACCCCCCCAUGAGCUUCAAGAUGCACAAGCCCCACGUCUGCGAGGUGGGGCUCAUGGCCAUGUCCAUCUGCUGCGACAUUACAAUCUUUCGCAUGAACGACGACAACGAGCUCGAGGCCGAGGAGUGUCAGAUCUCGUCCAGCUGGCGGCAGUGCGCGAGCGGAGACUGGGAGAUGGCGAGCUCCAUGGCCGGAUGGCAGGAGUAG